AUGUCUUGCCCUCAUACACACUCACUUGCUGCUCUCUCGAGCGACGAGAUCCGCCUCGUCAGCAGCAUCAUCCGCCAUGCCCGAAAGCGGCCCCUCUUCCUCCGGAAUGUCUUCAAUCUCGAGCCGCCCAAACGGGAAAUGCUGCCGUAUCUCGACGCCGAACGAGCCGGCUUCCCUGAUCCCGCCGCCUCCACACCGCCCCCGCGUCGAGCGCGCGCGCAGUACGACAUGAUCGAAGAAGACGGCAGCCGCUCCUACAUGGAAUCGACCGUGGACGUCGCAACAGGCAAGGAGACGGAAACCCGGCUCCUGGAGCAGCACCAGCACACGUCCUUCACCGUCGACGAGUUCCAAGAGUUCAUUGACAGCGCGCUCGCCAGCCCCGUCUUCCAGCGCGUGGUCGAGGAGCUGCAGCUCCCGCCCCAUUGGCAGGUUUACAUCGAUCCCUGGCCGUUCGGAGGCUCCGAUGUUGAACCGGGCAACACCCGUCGCCUCACACAACUCUUCUUCUUUGCGCGGGGCAUGACCAAGAACAACGACGACGUGAACCACUACCCGUUCCCGCUUCCCUUCUGCGUCGUUAUGGACACUGCCACCAUGGAGGUCCUGCGCGUCGAACGGACGGCUACCGGUGGCCAUGAAGAUCUUGAGGCCGACUUCGCCGUGUAG